UUCCCUUCCCAUGAUGCAAUGUCAUUCCUUUGUUGUUGUUUUUAAGUCGAACCAGAGUCGAACGUUUAGUUCUCAUCCAAUCAUGCUUGACGCUUGAUAAAGUUAAAUCAAAAAUUUAAAAAUGUCAAACUACAAAAUAUAUUUUUCUUUAAUAUUCUGCUCCAUUUUUGCUAAUUUUACUGCAAAAUCAUAUAGACCUGUAGCUGUGAUUCAUGGCAUUCUUACAGGAGAUGACAGUAUGAAAGAAAUUAGCAAUCACAUACAGGAGAUGCAUCCAGGAACUGUGAUCAACAACACUGGACGAUACUCUGGUUGGAGUAGCUUGGAUCCUAUGUGGAAACAAGUAGAAGAAGUAGGAAAAGACGUCUUAGCUUUUGGUGCUCAAUUUCCUGAUGGAAUUAAUUUAUUAGGUUAUAGUCAAGGAGGAUUACUAGCUAGAGCAAUUUUGCAAAGAUUUCCCGAACACAACGUCAGAAAUUUUAUUUCCCUAAGUUCUCCACAAGCUGGCCAAUACGGGACACGUUUCCUGCACUUAAUUUUUCCAGAUUUAUUCUGUGAAACAGCAUAUGAACUCUUUUAUUCAAGACUUGGACAACACACGAGUGUUGGAAAUUAUUGGAAUGAUCCACAUCAUCAGGAAUUAUACUACAAAUAUAGCAAAUUUCUUCCAUUUAUUAAUAAUGAAAAAGAUUUUAAUAGUACCAUAAAUCUUAAAUCUGGUAUUACCAAACUGGAAAAAAUGGUUCUUAUUGGAGGCCCGGACGAUGGAGUUAUUACGCCAUGGCAAAGUGCUCAUUUUGGUUAUUACGAUACAAAUGAGACAGUCGUAGAAUUAAGAGAUCGCGUGACAUAUCGCGAAGAUUUAAUUGGGUUAAAAACCUUAGAUAAAAAGAAAAAAUUAAUAAUAUUAUCUGUGCCAGGAAUUUCUCAUUUUGAUUGGCACACAAAUACCUCGAUAGUAGAUCAAUUUUUAUUACCUUAUUUAGACUAAAUUAUUCUAUAAACAAUUAGAAAAGUUUGAAUCUCAACAAAAAAUGGGAAUGAAAAUAGUAUAAUUAAUUUAAUACUCAAUAACUUAAAAGUAAAUAAUUAUAAAAUGUGAAGAAAAUAUAUUUGUGAUUUAUGUGCCAAGCAAACUAUUGUUAAUUACAUGAUUGUCUUCUAAUUGUUAAGAUGAUUAAAAAAAAUAAUGAAAUUAUGAAUUUACAUGGCUAAAUUUCAUAAAAUUGAAUUUUUUAUUAAAAGUGAAAAAUUGUGCGCAAUUAAAAAUAUUUUUAUAACUUAUACAAACGCACAGUAGAAAAUGUAAACAACUGAGCAUAUAUAUCGCGUAAAAGAUAUGAAAAUAUUUUGCCAAAUGUAGUUAUUUACAAUAAACGCGUGCGCACACAUACAUGAAUGCAAUUAUAUCGUUUAAAAGAGGAAUACUAUUCAUACUUGACAAGUCUGACUGAUUGUGAUUGUAAUUGUAUUUGACCUUUUGUGUUACCUGAUAUUAUUUUAUUGUAAAAGUUUUACAUACCUACGUGUAUAAAACAUAACAUUAAUUGUAUAUUAUUGUCAAUGUACAUAUAUUUAUAUUUUCAAUUAAAUUGAGGAUUCAAUUCA